AUCAAAUCGAAAGCAAAGUGAAUGAGGAAAUAAAAAAAUCCACAAGACAGACAUAUUGUCCUGUGCUGCAGCCGUCGGACUUCAUUUAAACCGCUCCCGCGGGUAUAUUUAUGAUAAUAUAUUCCUGAAAAAAGUUUCUUUAGUCAUGUCAAAGGCAGCGACUCUGAAAAUAAGCCGCACGACUGCGGGGAAGGUGGACAACUUCCGCCAGGCUCUGUAUCGGGAGGCAGAAACUCUCUUCUCUGACUUCAUCCCUCUGAAGAUCACAAAGCUGGACUCUCUGCUCAAGGAUGAGGUCUUCAGCAUCACAGAAACAGCUUCCCUUAGGGCUCCUCUGGACAUCCCCAUACCAGACCCUCCUUCCCCCGAGGACGAGGAGAUGGAGACCGACAAGAAUGAAGACGACGAGAAGAAGAAGAAGAAGCCCCCAAAGUGUGGCUUCAUCAAGGGGAACGAGAAGAUCACGCUGGUGCUAGAGAGAGUGAAACCAGAGAUAGUCGCUUUUAGAGAGACCAUCAUCACUGUCACCUGCUGGAUUCAGCACCUCAUCCCAAAGAUAGAGGAUGGAAAUGACUUCGGAGUCGCCAUCCAGGAGAAAAUCUUGGAGAGAAUCGCUGCAGUGAGAACCAAAGUCGACGGUUUUCAGACCAACAUCAACAAGUACUUCACAGAGAGGGGGGACGCUGUGGCCAAAGCUUCUAAGGAAACUCAUGUGGUGAUUUUUCUAAGAUUAAACUGUUUGAAAAUCAGUUUUUUAAUCAUUAACGAUGUAUUUUUAGCUGCUGUAAGUCAAUUAUUAAUCUGCAUCUCUGCUUAUUCUCCUCAGGCCGAGCUUUAUGACAUCAUCAGCAAAAACCUGGAGAAGGUGACCAACCCAAAAGGAGAGGAGAAGCCCUCGAUGUACUGAGGCUCCCGGGGAACGGGAAAAGCCACUGGGAUGAAUUUAAACAACCUUCAGCUGCAUUGAUCACCUGCUAAACUCAAUAUCAAUCAAGUAUCCGGCUCUUUGUUUGAUAAACAUUUAAAAUAAAUACAUAAACAACUGGAUGGUUUUUUUUAGUUCUGCUGUUUCAUGGUAACACUUUGGUUUUAUACCAAGAUUUGCACUAAAUUUUAAGUUGUGUGGUAAAGAAUGAAUAAAGAAAAGUGUUUUUCA